UAACGGCUCAUACAGAAACAAAACCGACUAGCAACAUCAGUCUAUGAAAUUCUGCUCACUUUGGCUUCUGAAUAAGGUUUCUCUUCCUUAUUGUUAUUUGAAGACAUACACGAGAAGAUGGGAGUGCCUAAAUUUUAUCGAUGGAUAUCGGAGCGGUAUCCGUGUCUGAGUGAAGUUGUCAAAGAGCAUCAGAUCCCAGAGUUUGACAACCUAUAUUUAGAUAUGAAUGGGAUCAUCCACCAGUGUUCCCACCCCAAUGAUGAGGACGUACACUUCCGUAUUUCUGAAGAGAAGAUAUUUGCUGAUAUUUUUCACUACCUGGAGGUGCUCUUUCGCAUCAUUAAGCCCAGGAAAGUGUUCUUCAUGGCUGUCGAUGGGGUUGCACCCAGGGCCAAGAUGAACCAGCAACGUGGAAGAAGAUUCAGGUCAGCAAAAGAAGCUGAGGAGAAAAUCAAGAAAGCCUUGGAGAAGGGUGAAGUUUUGCCCACAGAGGCCAGAUUUGACUCUAACUGCAUCACCCCUGGAACGGAUUUCAUGGCCAGGCUACAGGAACAGCUUAAAUAUUUUGUUCACAAUAAACUGUCCACAGACAAAGCAUGGCAGGGAGUGAAUGUGUAUUUGUCUGGUCAUGAGACCCCUGGUGAAGGAGAGCACAAGAUCAUGGAGUUUAUCCGUUCUGAGACCACCAAACCGGGUCAUAGCCCAAACACAAGACACUGCCUUUAUGGUCUGGAUGCCGACCUGAUAAUGCUUGGCUUGACCAGCCAUGAGCCUAAUUUUUCUCUCCUCAGAGAGGAGGUUCGUUUCGGAGGCAAAAAGUCACAGAAGAGGAUAACAGCUCCUGAGGAGACGACCUUUCACCUGCUUCACCUCUCCCUUAUGAGGGAAUACAUCGACUAUGAGUUUUCAGAGCUCAGGAAUAAGAUCUCGUUCGAGUACGACCUGGAGCGGAUCAUAGACGACUGGGUUCUGAUGGGUUUCCUGGUGGGAAAUGACUUCAUCCCUCAUCUUCCUCACCUGCACAUCAAUCACGAUGCACUGCCACUGCUCUAUCGAACUUACAUCAGCGUGCUGCCCAGUCUGGGGGGCUACUUGAAUGAAAAUGGUCAUCUCAACCUUGCCCACUUUGAGAAGUACCUUGAGAAGUUGUCAGAUUUUGACCGGGAGCACUUCAGCGAGGUGUUUGUAGAUCUGAAGUGGUUUGAGAGUAAGGUGGGGAACAAAUACCUGAACGAAGCAGCUGGGCUGGCAGCUGAGGAGGCUGGUGCCAAAGACAUGAAGAAGAGUAAGUCUUCGGACGACUCUCUGUGUCUCGCCGCUCUUGAUGGAGUCAAGGACUCUCACAGCACUCCAGGGAGAGAAGGCGCAGGGGAGGACGGUGAGGAUGAUGACAUGUUUGAAACCGAGUUUCGACAGUAUAAGCGCACCUACUACAUGACCAAGAUGGGCGUUGAAGUCGUCUCGGAUGAGUUUUUGGCCAAUCAGGCUAGAUGUUACGUGGAGGGGAUCCAGUGGAUCUUGCAUUACUACUACCAUGGAGUUCAGUCUUGGAGCUGGUAUUAUCCGCACCACUAUGCCCCCUUCCUUUCUGAUGUGAGAAACGUGUCUAGUCUCACGUUGACAUUUGAUCUGGGCAAACCCUUCAUGCCGUUCGAGCAGCUCUUGGGCGUCCUGCCUUCAGCCAGCAAAGACCUUCUUCCACAGUGUUACCAGCAUCUGAUGACGUCACCGGGCUCACCCAUUGUUGAGUGUUACCCACAAGACUUCAAAACGGACCUGAACGGCAAGCAGCAGGAGUGGGAAGCCGUUGUGCUCAUCCCGUUUAUCGACGAGAAAUGCUUGUUAGCUGCUAUGGAGCCCUACACUCAUAAACUAGCUCCGUCAGAGAAGGCUAGGAACAGACAUACCGAGUGUGCCAUCAACUGCUUUGAUAAAGAGCUGGACUAUGCCUACAACUCCCCCCUCCCCCAACUCUUCCCCAACAUCGUCCACUGCCAUGUCAGUUCAAGCCCGAAAGGGCAACAAAAAGUCAAGUUAUUUUCUAUAUUCUAUUGGUUGGGUGCAGUGACAAUAUUGACAUAUUGUGGUCCAUUCAAUUUAUUCCUUUUUUUUUUUUUACUUGGACUUAAAAGGUUUCUUUUAAAUGUAUGUUGUUUUAUGGUAAUAUGUUUCUCUUCAUUGCAGGUGGAAGAUGUUGCAACGCUGGUUCUCGGAAAGUCUUUGUUCGUGAACUGGCCCCAUUUGAUGGAAGCUCGAGUUGUAGCUGUUUCAGAUGGAGAAACAAAGUUUUCUUUAGACGAACCAUCAGGAUCACAGAUGUUGUAUCUGGGUAACACUCCACCGCCUGCUAAAGUCACCCAUCUGACUGAUAAAGAGCAGAAGGAGUGGGUCAAAGAAGUGCAAGGCCUCUCAGAGCACUUUAGCAAGCGCAAAGGCACUGUGAUCAAUGAGACGGAUGUGGUGGUAUACGCCCAGCUGCUGACAGGCAGGAAGUAUGUCAUUGGUCAAAACGGAAAUGUCCAUUUGGAAAAGCAGUUUGCCAAACAGGUCCUGCCCUAUCCCUACCAGACCAUUGUGAAGGAUAUCAAAGCCUUUGAUUCAUCAUUGGCACGCUUCAAGACACUGGAGGAGCUGUUUCCCCCAGGAACCAUUGUCUUUAUGGUUGCAAACCCAUAUUACGGCGCAAUGGGAGAUGUGCAAGAUUCUAGUGAUGUCAUCAAUGAGGGACGGGUUAGAGUGGUCUUCUCCGUACCGUGUGAACCUCAACUUGAUGCCUUAAUACAGAACCAGCAUAAAUACUCUGUGAAGUACGGUCCUGGGUAUGUGCUCGCCUCCCGCCUUGGUAUCACCAGCUACCUCGUCUCAAGGUUCUCUGGUAGCAUCUUCAUCGGAAGAGGAUCCAAGAAAAAUCCUCAUGGAGAGCAGAAAGCCAAUGUGGGCCUUAAUCUCAAGUUCAACAAGAAGAAUGAAGAAGUUCCUGGCUACACCAAGAGAACAGAGAAAGAGUGGCUCUACUCCGCUGCUGUAGAGGAACUUUUAGCUGAAUACUUAGAGAGAUUUUCAGAGCUGUUUGACUUUGUCGCUCGAAACAGUCACGAUGAUGUCUUUUACGAAGAUGACAUCUGGCCAGGAGAAGAUGAGAAUGGCGCUGAAAAGGUCCAGGAGAUCCAGGGCUGGUUGAAAAACCAUCCAGUCAGUUCCUCCUCCCGAGCUUCAUGUGAUCUCCAGAUCCUGGAUGCUGGCAUUGUGGAGAAGAUUGAAGAGGAGCUGGAGAAAUCGAAGGCAAAGAAGAUGAACAAGAAAGUACGAGUCACUGUAAAGCCCCACCUGCUUUUCAGGCCUUUGGAGCAGCAGCACGGUGUUGUUCCAGAUCCUGACGCAGAGUAUCAUCUGUUUGACCGUGUUGUCAAUGUGAGAGAAAGCUUCUCGGUUCCUCUUGGCCUCCGCGGAACCAUCAUUGGCAUCAAAGGAGCUGAACGUGAGGCUGAAGUUCUGUAUGAAGUGCUUUUUGAUGAGGAGUUUGCUGGAGGACUCACUGUCAGGUGCUCUCCUGGGCGUGGCUAUCGACUGCCCCCCAGUGCCUUAAUCAACCUGAGCCAUGGCAGCAGAAAGGAGCUGGGCUGUCACAAACUCACUGCCAUCGUCAAACCCCAGCCCUCUUCUUCAUCCCAUCUCACACACAAGAGCCAGCUGGGCGGCCUUAACCACUCGCCACGCUCACCGUUUAUUCCAAUGCAGCAGCAGAAUGGCAGACAGAGUUUUAAUCUCAGGGCUGACACUCAGGGCAACACAAACUCGCCUCACAAAGCCCUCGGCCAGAAAAACCAACACAAGGGCUCUAGUAAUGAGAGAGAGUUCAGUAAUGUAUGGCAGACUCUUCAGAGUUCAGGAAUGCCCCAGAAACCACCAGCUCACUGGCAAAUUAAUGCUGGAAAAAGCAGUGGACUGAUGCCACAUCAGCACCAGCUGGAGGGAAAAAGUAAACAAAGCCAAGGCAACGACCCAUCCAACAAACUUGUAUGUGUUCCUAUUUCAUACACCACUGCACUGUAUAAGUCAGCUGUCAAAUUACUGCAAUUAAGAGUAUUUAUAUAUUUACAGGCAUCUACAGAAUUUGAGGAGCUUAUAGCCAAUCUGAAGAUCUCAAAGGAUCCUGUGCCUGCCCAGAAUCAACCACCUACAGAGCCCAAGGACCAAUCAGGAGAGCCUCUUUCCCCACAGUCCUUUGCCAUGAAGGGCACUCUGGUAUUGAAAGAAAUGUUGAAGAUUGACAGCUCUGGACCAAGUUCCUCUGCCCCUGAUUUCACUGGUGGCCAUGAUUCAGCAAACCCCAAUGCCCAACAGCAGAGCAGGAGACGCUCCAGCAAAAAACUAGCUGCUCGGAUAAAUACUCCUCAGACUGAUGCGCCAGCAGCGGCUCCUCCUCCUCCUCCUCCUCUGGCUGGCCAGCCACCCCUCCUCCCCAGCAUGGCCACUGAACUCGGGCGGGUAUGCAUGGGGCUUGGGAUGGGACCUCCAGAGUUCGCCUUCCUCCGCAACAGACAGAGUCUCGCAGUGUGUCAGGUGAAGUUGUCUAAUGGCCUGCUGAUUCACGGUCCUCAGUGUCAAUCUGAAACUGAAGCUAAAGAGAAAGCUGCUCUCUUUGCCCUUCAACGAUUGAACUCGUUGGGUUCUUUCCCACUGCCUCCUCCCAUAUUCCCUGGAGUCCAGCAGAUGAGGCCACUUGCGCCUCAUCCCUCCAUGUUUGGUCAGCCAGCAGGUGGUCUUCUGAUGCCGCCACAUGGCUACAGACCUCUUCACUGGGGGAUGCGGUUUCCACACCAGGGCCAGCCGUUCUAUGGAGGAACUUUCCCUGGAGCACGGGCCCCUGUGCCAUCAGCGGCCAGCGGAUCCCACAACCAGUUUGUUCCCCUACAGGUGACCAAGAAGCGAGUUUCAGGCAGAACCAAGAACCAAGAGGCAAAGCAAAUGUCAGGAAGCUCUGCCUAUGCUGGUCAGACCUCAGGCGGUGGACCGGCUGCUGCUUCUGCCCCAGUCCCCGCAUCAGCCCCCAAGACCCCCCCACCCAUUAGCACCCAUGAGCCUGCAGAUAAGCCCACCACACCCAAGACGCCCAGGCAGAACACCAAUCCUCAUACGCCCGGCUCAGCCUCCAAGAGGAAACACCGGAAACUGGCGGUCAACUUCGAGGCUGCUAAAGUGACAGACUGAAAUCAUUUUCUCACACUAUUCAUCUCUCUCGAAGGAGAACACCGGCAUUUCAUAGUAAGAAACAAGAUGCAGUUGUCCGUCUUCAUGAUUCGAUCAUUUGGUGAGACAAUGUAUUUGUCACUGGCAUCGAAUUAGUUUUGUAUUCGUUUUAGUUGCCAUGUUUUGAGUGAAGGUAGUGCUGGAAAACAUUUUUAUUGAUAACUGCACCAAAAUGAUCAUAGAAUCAUGAAAUGGGUUUUACAUUUACCUCAGUGUUUUCCUUUCUUUCUUUUUUUUGACCCAAAUCGGACCUUUAAGCUUUUAUCAUGUUCACUGGUUAUUUUGUGAUGCUGGAUUUUAAUAUUCAAAGUGCAAUAAUUCGUUUUGUAGACCGGACGUUAUGCACAAGGAAGUGAUGCGAUGUGGCACAAGCUGCUGCAAUACAACAUCUGUACUCGCAUUUCAUUUUUUCUUUAUUGCACAGUGUUGCAGUCCAGCACUGAAGGAUAGAGAUACUAUUAUUGCACAGUGUUACUCGGAAAGCAGUAAAGCUGUCAGACUGAACACUUGGAUCUAGUUUCAGAGGUUCAAAUUAAGACCACUUCUAUGCUCAAAGAUUUUUUGGAAGCAUUCUAUGGAAUAUUCCAUAGACCUAAAGCAGGUGUUAAAACCCAGCUCAUUAUGUUCACCAAGCCAGGAAGCACACUGAUUUAAGCAAAUGUAAUCUCUGUGGAUUUAUUGUGUGUGUGUGUGUGUGUAUACAAGACUAAACAUGGUCGGGCAGGGGAUGCAAACUUUAAAAAAAAAACGAUAAUAAGAUGCCUUUCUAAUAAGAUGUUGCUCGAAUUGUGAACAUUUCAAAUUGUUUUUAUUUUUGUAUUAGCCUACCUUUAUUUACAGGGAAGAUGUUUAAGUUCUGUGGUUUUAAAAUGAAUUUUGUGUAUUUAGAUCUAUGGAUUUUAUAUGCACCAUUUUACAAAUGGAUAAAUAACAGUUGUUAAUAUUUCUAUGCCGGCACCCUUUUUGUUUUCAUCUUCUCUGCGUGUUUGUAUCCUACCAGAUCUCUUUAGUCCAAGUUUUAAAAGAUCGCAAGCAAACCCUUUUAUUUUUAAUGACAUUUGAGUUGUUUAUUUAAUGACUUAAAACCAGAAUGACAAAAAAAAAAUGAGUGCACAUCCUAACAGGACGGUGUGCUGUAAAUAGACAUUUUGUUACCAUAAUAAACAUUUUGCUAUCAUAA